GAGGGGCCUCACGCCACUCGACGGGAUGCUCCUCAACGCAGCGCCGAUUGCAGAAGGGUGGAACAAGUUGCUGGGAGCUGUCAGGACUGGUAGUAGCUUGCAAGACGACGUGAGAGAAAUCAUGAUCCUCCGCGUAGCAGCACGUAACCGCGCCUCCUUUGAAUGGAUCCACCACGAGCCCGUAGCACGCAAGGCUGGCGUGACGACUGAGCAGCUCACGCGCAUUGGAGAUGUUAGCAAGACGUCAUCUUCCUCCCUCACUGCGGCCGGUAAGGGUCAACUCUCCCCUCUCCAGGCUGCGGCCACUGUAUACGCCGACAAGAUGACGUCCAGUGUCAAGGUUGACGAAGCGACUUUCGAAUCUCUCAAGCACGAGCUGGGAAAGGUGGCAGGGACAGAAGGUGAGAAGCUCAAUCAGCUGCUAGUAGAAGCUACAGGCACGACUGCGGUGUACAACAUGGUGUCCCGCUUCCUUGUUGCGCUGGAUGUCGACGACCGUGCCAACGAGCCUGUGCCCGUACCUGGCCUUCCUCCCUCCCUCUCCUCCUCCUCCUCCAGCUCGACCCCUCAACAAGACCUCGGUCCGGCCACAGGUCGCAUCGUGACGCGCGACGGGCUCACUCUGGCCACGCGCACCCACUUCCACUCAAUGAAGGCCCCCUGGCUCCUCCUCAUCAACAGCCUAAUCACCAACGUCUCCAUGUGGGACUCGGUAGUCCCUCUUCUCGCCUCGCGCUACAACAUCCUCUGCUACGAUCAGCGAGGGCAUGGCAGCUCCGCCAUCCCCGAUCAGCCCUGCACGGUCGAACAGCUGGCAGACGAUGCGGCCGACGUUCUCUCCGCCUUGGGCAUCGACAAGGCCAAAGCCGUCAUCGGCGUUUCGCAGGGUGGGGCCACGGCGCUCAGCUUUGCGAUUAGCCACCCAGAGAGAACGGAGUGCAUCAUCGCCAACGACACGCAAGCCGCUAGUCCUGAAGCAAACUUCCAUGCCUGGGAGGAUAGGAUCGCCCUGGCGAAACGGGAGGGGAUGGAGGCUAUCGCGAAGGCCACGGUCGCGCGAUGGUACGGCGAGGAGGAGGCUGGUGAUGAGGAGGAACAGAAAGCGAGGGAAAAAGCGCACGCCAUGAUUGUUUCGACGGAGUUGCGAGGCUUUGAACAAGGAGCGAGGGCGUUACAGAAGUACGACUUGCUUCAGGCGGGAUUGCUCGAGGCAAUAGCGAAGAAGCCUACCCUCCUCAUCGCGGGCGAAAAGGAUGGGGCCCUCCCUAAAGGGCUAGCUGCUUUGGCUGAAAAGGUCAAGGAGGCGCAAAGUGGGGCAACGGUGGCUUUCCAGGCCAUCGAAGGGGCAUCACAUCUGCCUAUGCUCGACAGGCCAGAGAAAUGGUGUGACGUCGUCUUGCGCUUUCUCGAAUCUCAAUAAGGCGUGAGCCAACCUCUUGUCCUCCCUCCUCUCUGUACGUUAUUCUCCUCCCUUGUCUGUAGCGGCGAGCCUGAACAAGCAAAAGCGAGCGGG